AUGCUGGACCACCGAAACUUACUGCGACUGUCGAGUUUUGUCUUCCUCUGCAUCCUUGGCCAAGGAUUUGCUCAGGGACCGUCAUGCUCCAGUUCGGCCACAACCAUUCGGAAUUCUGCCGACGCCACAAAACUUGCUGCGUGCCCCACAUUCACCGGGAACAUCAACAUUGCCGCCGAUGCCGGGAGAGAUAUCGCGCUUGAUGGUAUCCAAACGCUUCGAGGAUACCUCAGUGCAGAUUCUGCAAAUGGGCUCAGGUCGUUGUCAGCCGACUCCUUGGAAACCGUGGACGGGUAUAUGUAUCUGGAAAGGCUCGCGAAUCUGGAAUCUUUGAGCAUGCCCAAGCUCCAAACAGUGGGACAACUCAGGCUGAACGAUUUGCCAGCGCUGUCGAAACUGGGAUUUGACGCCACCAUCAACAACUGCUCGAAUCUUUUUGUGAGCGAUACAGCGCUGCUCACUCUUGAUGGACUCGAUCCGGAAGGAAUUACCAAUGGCUUCCAGGUCACGAGCAACAAGAAUCUGGAAAAUAUCACCAUGUCAGUGGCGUCCACAAUGGCAACAGUCGCAUCCAACGUAACCAUCGCGAACAACUCCCCCGCUCUUUACGUCUCUUUACCAAACUUGGCAGCGGCACAGAACCUUGUCAUUACAAAUGCAACUCAGAUCUCUCUGCCUGCACUCCAACAUGCGUACAUACUCAGUUUGAUGAGCAAUGCUUUUACUGAGUUCAGCGCGCCCAAGCUCGAAAGUGUUGGUAACGACACGAUGGGAAUUACGAUACAAAGCAAUCAAGGCGUGACCACGCUCGAUUUUCCCGUGCUGGCUCGUACUGGAGUUUUGACUGUAUUGGACAAUACCCGGCUGCAGAAUUUGGUACUUCCAAAGCUCCAACUCGUACCCAACGGCAUUAUGUUGGAGGGGAAUCUGGCCAAGUGA